AUGCCCAAGCGAAAGAGCUCAAGCGACGACGAAGACAAAGACUACGAUCACUCUGAAGACGACCAGCCAAAAAUCAAAACUAAGGCAAGCCAAGCUUCAAAGGCAACUGAGCAACCUUUGACUAUCAAGAAGCCAAAAAUUGGUCAUUCAGACAACCAAUCCCCAACAGGCUCGAAGAAAAGGUCGACCCAUGACAAUGAUGUGGAGGUCUUUACCAGUUCUGAGGGUGAAAGAUAUGUUCAGCUGGGUCAAAAGAAACGCGUAACUGUCCGUGAGUUCAAAGGCAAGAUUCUUGUUGACAUUCGUGAAUUUUAUGGUAAGGACAAGGAGGACGAAAAGCCAGGAAAGAAAGGCAUUAGCUUGAAUGCGGAUCAGUGGGCUUGUCUGAAAAAGAGUAUCAACACCAUCGACUCUUUCUUUGAUAUCAAGAAAUAA